AUGCGUAGAUCCAAGAUCUUUUUAUACAGACAGGAUUCUCAGCAGUUCAUCGGGAAAAAUAUGAACCAAGACCGUGAUAAGUUAAGAAUUCAACAAAAUUUAGCGCAGUUUUCUGUUCACGAUGGUCUAACUUAUGAACCCGUUCAGCUUCGAAGCUGUAGUAAUGGGAACACACGUUAUGAGUCAUCUGAAUAUUGUUCUGAAAUGCUUUGCUUUUCAGCGAACUCACAAGCUUUAUUGGGGCAUAAAGAUGAUGUACUAGUUCAAGAACCUAAUAGCCGGCUUGGAGAAGCUUCUUUUGGUGACUUUUCACACACAAUGUCAUCUACCUUCAAUCCUUCAGCCACAAUGAGUGGUGAUCCACAAUGUUUUAGUACUUGGAAAAACAGUGCUUCACAAUCAAGUGGUGAUUGGAUGGCUGAUCCGUGCCCAGCGUUAGUUGGAACUCUCUCAGGUCCUUUGAAAAUGAUCCAAACUGGUUAUCACGAAUCACAUUCUUCGUUGAUCAACUCAUCGGGUGAUGUUUCAACCCUGAAUGGCCAAAAGCCUUAUGGGAAUUUGCAUUGUAAUUCUUCACUUUACCAAAGUGCACUACAAGAUGCUACUCUGGACAACAGUAGAACCACGGGCCUAAAUUUGGCUUCUUUGAGGCAAAAUAAUGACAAAGAAACUAGCCAAGCUUCGUGGGCAGUUGGUGGGAGUGAACUUCUACUUCUUCCGGCCUAUGCCGAUCAAUUGCGCCUUAAAAGUGGAGUGGAGUGGUGUGGUGAAUUGGAGUAUGGAGAAAGUAAGAUUAUUGAUAGAGACCACACAACAACUGCAAAUGUUAAUUCCAAUUCUCAGGCUCUCUCUUUGUCACUUUCAUCAGUACCAUCACCGAAAGUACACAUGGAGCAGACUGUUGAGAUAGACAUUUCUGCAAAUUUGCACUCCAGAGACGUUAGUCUUAAUAAUGUCCCAUUUUUAUCUUCCAAUCCCAAAUUUUCAUGUGAUAACAAAGUUUCUGAAAGUUUUCCGCAAGAUAUGGUGGGAAAUUUGACUUUAGCUCAUCGAAAUUCAGGCCCACUUGGUCCGUUCACUGGUUAUGCUACCAUUCUCAAAAGUUCAAAAUUUUUGAAGCCAGCGCAACAACUGAUGGAUGACCUUUGCAAUUGUGAGAACUCUAAGCACAUUGUAAUGCACAAGGCUUCUCCUGAGAAAACUCUUGAAGAAGUUGGGGUUUCUGAUGAUAGUGUGUGUGCUCUUGGACCUGUACCAAUAGCAAUACCUGGUGAUUCUGGUGGCUCGUCCUUUACAUUUCAUAGUUCAAUUGGGAAGAGUCAGGAGCCUGGAGGUAUGAGCAGCACAGUAGAUUCUCACUGGUCUGAAUAUUUACAGAACAAGGCUAAACUCUUAUACAUGAAGGACGAGGUUUACAGAAGGUACAAACAGUAUCAUCAGCAGAUGCAAAUGGUAGUUUCAUCCUUUGAAUCGGUGGCAGGUCUCAGUGCAGCCACUCCACAUAUAUCUGUAGGUCUAAAGACUGUUUCCAGACACUUCCGUUGUCUAAAGAAUGUGAUAGCCAACCAAAUCAGAAGCGUAAGUAAUGCCUUGGGAGAAGAUUUAUCAUCCCUCACUGCUGGCACAAGCAGUAGUAAAGGUGAUAUGAGUGGUUCGAGGUUAAAGUUCGUGGAUAAAAGCUUCCAAAAACAGAAAGAUGGGUGCUAUACGGGCUUUAUUGAGCCCCAACAACAUGUCUGGAGGCCACAGAGAGGCCUACCUGAACGUGCAGUGUCUGUUCUUAGAGCUUGGCUCUUUGACCAUUUUCUUCAUCCAUAUCCUACAGACACUGAUAAGCAUAUGCUGGCUACUCAAACCGGCUUAACCAGAAACCAGGUUUCUAACUGGUUUAUCAAUGCUCGGGUUCGUGUAUGGAAACCCAUGGUUGAAGAAAUACACAUGCUAGAAACCAAAGGAAUGACAGAAACGGGAUCAAAUGCUUCAAAAACUGAUGGGAAAUCCUCAACUGAAGGUUCAAAAUUGAAUGGCAUCCAAUCUUUUAAUACGCAUGGCAUAACUGCAGUUUCUGAUAAGCAAAUGGAUUGUUCAAGAAUCAGCCCAUCAGAGGGCCAAGGGGACGAAUUGAGUGCAGAUUUAUGGAAUCACAAGAAGCGAUCAAGAGUGGAGUAUCAUAUUCCAGGUAGCAUGGAUGGAUCAUUUAUGGGUUUCAUGCCUUACCACCGUGGUGGAAUCGAAAUUGGAGGGCUAGGUGCAGUGUCUCUAACCUUGGGUCUCAGGCAAAGCGCCGGAGAGUUCCCAACAACUGCAGCCAGAGGAUCAUCUAAGACAGAAUACGGGGGGCUAGACCAUUCAUGA